UGUACAUGGUGUUUCCACCUAAAGGCGCGACUUUUUGUAGUGCGGAGAUCCUGAGUCACAGCGGAGAUCCUGAGUCACAGAUGCAGAAGUCUUUGGUGCGUUGUCGAGACGACGGUGGGGUACCCUGUGAGUGAGAGAUACAGAGCUCUGGGAAGUCUCUCGUGUCUUGUUAGUGGGGCAUCUUGAGAGGGGGGAAGACCAUGCCUUUAUAAAAAGAAUUUACAUUUGUAACAGUAAGCUUAGCAGUCGCUCUGAGAGUUUCAAUGCAUAAUAUACAUUUUUAUUUUUAUGACAAAAUGAUCAAGUGCAGCGUAUAUUUUCUACAAUUGCUAUUAUGUAUACACCUUUCUUUCCUGCUAAGUACUCUAGCGAGGUACAAAGCUCCAGUGUAGUGUUUUCAAUGAUAGAAUUUAAUUUGUAAUUGGUAGUUACCUUAACAGAAAGCAGUGAUUAAAUUUCAUAAUCUUGUUUAACAUUACCUUUCAAAAUGAGGGUCAUUGGAACAUUUGAAAAUGUUACAAGAAUGAUUGACUACUAUAAAGCGCAAACUAUUUAUUUUUGUCUUUAGCUGGAAAGAGACAGUACAAGAAACAGAAAAGUAACUGUGCAAACACUUAAAAAUGGUUUUGAACAAAAUAUUGACAAGGAUAAAGGUACCCACAGUUACAUGAUAAAAUUUCCAAAAUUAAGUGACCAUAAGAACCAUGCUACAUCAGGCGAGUUGGCAAACAUCAGAGAAAAAGUUGACCCAAGAGUAAGAAAUAAAAUUGUGGAACUGUACCGAAGUGGUGUCAGGAAAGCAAUUGAAAUUAAAAGACACAAUGACACAUAUGUUCGUCAUGAGCUCUUUCCUAGUGGUGAUCUUCCUGAAGCCUCAAGAAGAAGGUUCUAUCCAACGCAGAAAGAUAUUUCAAAUCUUAUGUCCAAAGAUAGAUAUGAAGGAAAAAAUUCAGUGCUUGACCAGCAAAAUGUUGUUGAUCUUCUAAACAACUGGAAACAAGAAAAAACAAUAAAUAUGUUUUUCCGCCCACACACCAUUAAAAUAAAUGGAGAUGGUCACAUUUUCUGUUUUGCUAUCAAACAGAAUGGCAGCAAAGGCUUUUGCAGAAAUAUGGUAAUGAAAUUACACUGCUAGAUGCAACCUACCGAAAAACAAGAUCUGCUUUUCCACUGUUUUUUCUCUGUGUCAGAACAAAUGUUUGUUAUGCUGUGGUUGGAGCUUUUGUGGUGCAACAGGAAACUGCAGCACAUAUAGAGGAGGCCUUGCAGAUGUUUAAAACCUGGAACAAAAAAUGGAAUACCAAAUAUUUCAUGGUAGAUUUCUGCCUUGAAGAAAUAAAUGCAAUAUCUAGGGUUUUCAAAGAAAUGGGCCCAUGUAUAUAGAAACUCUACUCUGCAUGUUCGAAUAAACACAAACAAUGGUUUGGAACGGCAAAAUGAAAUUCUAAAACGUAACUAUUUGGAUGGAUACAAGAACUGCACAUUAAGUGAAAUGCUAACCGUUCUGCAUUGUAAAUUUUUUCCAAUGUUGUACAGAAAAUAUGUUCAGCUGAAUGUACAAAGUUCCCAGAAUUAUCGGAGAUAUUCAAAAGAAAUACCUAGUUUUCUCAAGAGCUGUCCAAGGGACUUUGUUCUACACGUAAUGAAAAGAUACUGUAGUUCACUGAAUGAAAAAGAUGUAACCGCUGUGGAUGAAAAACAUGGCAUUUUCAAAGUUAAGAGUGAAUCAGGGAAUGCAGAAUACCUAAUUCAUUUAAAUGGACAGGUACCAUCAUGUACAUGUGAAGACUUCACACACUUUUUGUUGCCAUGCAAGCAUAUCUGUUGCAUUUUUCAGUACUUCAGUACUUGGGGAUGGGACAGACUUGACCCUGUAUAUACAAACAACCCACUGUUUGUACUUGACUCUGAUUGCUUCUCUGAAAACAUAGAAAUUAUUAAUGCCGAUAUCCAAGAUGCCAGUAUCCGCACUGUGAAAUUAGCCAGAGACUGGCUAGCGUGAGAUUCAAACGGGAGCAGCACAUCUCACGCUAGCCAGUCUCUGCACUCUCAUAGAAACAAAUGUGCAACGGGGUUACUACUGAGUUACGAUCCUGACUUUUCACAUGCUUUCUGGGUGGAUGGGGGAGUCGAAGAAGGAGAGGAGCUGUGUGCAAAGCUGACCAAGAAUGGAACUUAUGAAGCCACUGAACUACUGAUGGAGGCUGAACAUAAUUUGGGAAAGGGGGCUGGGUCUGCCUCUCAAGGAGUGUUGUCAGGCAGGGAACGGAACAAAGCCACUGUGCUUUGAGCUGCCAGUGCAGCAGUUUGAGGGCAGAGGUCGCAGGGUCAGAGCAGGGAGAGCAGGAGUUUUGGGUUAAUCUAUCAGCGAAUGGAGCCUUUGAAAUUUGGGGGGGGGGGGGGCAGGCAGGCCAGGAGAGAGCAUGAGUUUUGUGAGUGGGUCUGAGAAGGAUAAUUUUUUAUAUUCUUUAUUUUGGUUGUCCCCAUUAUAUUGUGAAUUUUAGUUUAAAACUGUAUAUAUUAAACUGGCUAUCCCCCCUCCU